AACAAUUUAAAUACCGAGUCACUCUUCAGUUACACAAGUUUCCUGUUCCCCUCUAGAAAGGUGCUUUCCAGAGUUUACUUUGAGAAAUAAUUUUUUAUCUUUAGGCCAUUUUUGUUUUCCUUGUAACUCGUAGCUCCUGGCCUGGAAAUCGACACUUUUGACACUUGAUGGUGGUUCAUACUCAAACAUUGUGUAAUCAAAGUAUCCCAUUCGAAGAAAUUACACUGCAUAAAUCCAUUCUGGAGGCCAUCUUGUAGUUGAAACCAGUAGCAGGAAGCAAACUGCACUUCCCCGCCACUUUCCCUAAGGGUCGCGGAGAAAGAACGAAAUAUGGGGACAAGCUGGGUGUGUCAUGGGGAGCCAGCGUACCCGAGAAGGGGCAUUUUAAGUUAAAAAGCUACUAAAGGGUGCGCUAAGGUCCUCGCUAUCGCUACCAUCUGGACUGAAUUCUGCACCAACGUCCAGUGCCAUCGCACCCGGCGGCGCUGAGAGCCACGGCUGACGUAUUCCAUAAAUUCAGACUGGACCCUGGAUCGUCCGAAAUACCAUUCCCGGCGUCUAGAGCGUCCGUCAGUGCAGACUCGGUUUGACCUUGAGGCCCUUCCGUAGUUCGAAAGUAUCGCCGCAAAUUCAGUCCCUUUUCUGAAAUGAGAGCCUAAGGGUGGGAGAACAUACCUCCUCUUGAAGGAGAAUCAUGUUGCUAUAGAGAAAAAACUGACGGUGUCCCAUGCAGAAUACUUAAACCUCUUGGCUUUCAGCCUACUGUAAAGAUGCGAGUGGGCUGGGUAUGACGCUGGCUCCAGGAAGAGGCAAUGUACAGGAAUGUUCACUUACCCGGUGACUACGGAGUCGAGGCGGUUUUGCCCAUAUCAAAAAUGGCGUCGAAACAUGUUACCCAAGUACAAUCACGUGCUCAAAGACCAGGAUGGGGGUCAAUAUGGCUUCAGAUGACUAGCGGAUAUUAUUAUUCACUUCCGGGUGAGACUACUCGAGCGCCAUCUUGUCUUGUUCGUGAAGAAGUAGAAGCAUCGAAAGGGUAGGAGAAGCAUUACAGGAACGGUGGCGACAACCGUGUUCCGGAACCAGAGUGGGACUGAAAUGCCAAGGGAGAAGAGGCUUUCUGGAUUUUUUCUAAACUUUGUGAUUAAUGGCAUAAGUAAUCUUGCUGAUAUGUUUCCAUGCUGUAGUGUGAAUCAACCUAAUUAUUGAACAAAGAAAAUCAACUUUAGCCGUCAGAAUGUGGGAUCAAGGAGGACAGCCUUGGCAGCAGUGGCCUUUGAACCAGCAACAGUGGAUGCAGUCAUUUCAACACCAACAGGAUCCGAGCCAGAUUGACUGGGCUGCAUUGGCUCAAGCUUGGAUUGCCCAAAGAGAAGCAUCAGGACAGCAAAGCAUGGUAGAACAACCACCAGCAAUGAUGCCAAAUGGACAGGAUAUGCCAACCAUGGAAUCUGGUCCGAACAAUCAUGGGAAUUUUCAAGGGGAUUCGAACUUCAACAGAAUGUGGCAGCCAGAAUGGGGAAUGCAUCAGCAACCCCCACAUCCCCCUCCAGAUCAGCCAUGGAUGCCACCAACACCAGGCCCAAUGGACAUUGUUCCACCUUCCGAAGACAGCAACAGUCAGGACAGUGGGGAAUUUGCCCCUGACAACAGGCAUAUGUUUAACCAGAACAAUCACAACUUUGGUGGACCACCCGAUAAUUUUGCAGUGGGGCCAGUGAACCAGUUUGACUAUCAGCAUGGGGCUGCUUUUGGUCCACCGCAAGGUGGAUUUCAUCCUCCUUAUUGGCAACCAGGACCUCCAGGACCUCCGGCACCCCCCCAGAAUCGAAGAGAAAGACCAUCAACAUUCAGGGAUCGGCAGCGUUCUCCUAUUGCACUUCCAGUGAAGCAGGAGCCUCCACAAAUUGAUGCAGUAAAACGCAGGACUCUUCCAGCUUGGAUUCGUGAAGGUCUUGAAAAAAUGGAACGUGAAAAGCAGAAGAAGUUGGAGAAAGAAAGAAUGGAACAACAACGUUCACAAUUGUCAAAAAAAGAAAAGAAGGCCACAGAAGAUGCUGAAGGUGGAGAUGGCCCUCGCUUACCUCAGAGAAGUAAAUUUGACAGUGAUGAGGAAGAUGAAGACACAGAAAAUGUUGAGGCUGCAAGCAGUGGAAAAGUUACCAGAAGCCCAUCUCCUCUUCCUCAAGAAGAGCAAAGUGAACCAGAGAUGACUGAAGAAGAGAAAGAGUAUCAAAUGAUGUUAUUGACAAAAAUGCUUCUGACUGAGAUUCUACUGGAUGUCACAGAUGAAGAAAUUUAUUAUGUAGCCAAAGAUGCACACCGGAAAGCAACGAAAGCUCCUGCAAAACAGCUGGCACAGUCCAGUGCACUGGCUUCCCUCACUGGACUUGGUGGACUGGGUGGCUAUGGAUCAGGAGACAGUGAAGAUGAGAGGAGUGACAGAGGUUCUGAGUCAUCUGACACUGAUGAUGAGGAAUUACGACACCGAAUCCGGCAAAAACAGGAAGCUUUUUGGAGAAAAGAAAAAGAACAGCAGCUGUUGCAUGAUAAACAGAUGGAAGAAGAAAAGCAGCAAACAGAAAGGGUCACAAAAGAAAUGAAUGAAUUUAUCCAUAAAGAGCAAAAUAGUCUAUUACUACUAGAAGGAAGAGAAGCAGGCGGUGAUGCGGUUAAUGAAAAGAAAAGAACUUCAAAUGAAACUACAUCAAUUUUAGAACCUAAAAAAGAGCAUAAAGAAAAAGAAAAACAAGGAAGGAGUAGAUCAGGAAGUUCUAGUAGUGGUAGUUCCAGUAGCAAUAGCAGAACAAGUAGUACUAGCAGUACUGUUUCUAGCUCUUCAUACAGUUCUAGCUCAGGUAGUAGCCGCACUUCUUCUAGAUCAUCUUCUCCUAAAAGGAAAAAGAGACAUAGUAGGAGUAGAUCUCCAACAAUUAAAGGUAGACGUAGUAGGAGUAGAAGUUACUCUCGUAGAAUUAAAAUAGAGAGUAAUAGGACUAGAGUAAAGAUUAGAGAUAGGAGGAGAUCUAAUAGAAAUAGCAUUGAAAGAGAAAGAAGAAGAAAUCGAAGUCCUUCCCGAGAGAGACGUAGAAGUAGAAGUCGCUCAAGGGAUAGGCGAACUAAUCGUGCCAGUCGCAGUAGGAGUCGAGAUAGACGUAAAAUUGAUGAACAACGUGGAAAUCUUAGUGGGAGUCAUAAGCAUAAAGGUGAGGCUAAAGAACAAGAGAGGAAAAAGGAGAGGAGUCGGAGUAUAGAUAAAGAUAGGAAAAAGAAAGACAAAGAAAGGGAACGUGAACAAGAUAAAAGAAAAGAGAAACAAAAAAGGGAGGAAAAAGAUUUUAAAUUCAGUAAUCAAGACGAUAGGUUAAAAAGGAAACGAGAAAGUGAAAGAACAUUCUCUAGGAGUGGUUCUAUAUCCGUAAAAAUCAUAAGACAUGACUCUAGACAGGAUAGUAAGAAAAGUACUACCAAAGAUAGUAAAAAACAUUCAGGCUCUGAUUCUAGUGGAAGGAGCAGUUCUGAAUCUCCAGGAAGUAGCAAAGAAAAGAAGGCUAAGAAGCCUAAACAUAGUCGAUCGCGAUCCAUGGAGAAAUCUCAAAGGUCUGGUAAGAAGGCAAGCCGCAAACACAAGUCUAAGUCCCGAUCAAGAUCAACAACCCCUCCCCGUCGUAAACGCUGAGGAAUGAUGUGGCAAGAAUGCCAUGAUGUUUAAAAAAUUCCAUGAGUUUUAAGGGCUUGUCUCAUUAUAGAGGCACAUUGUGGCUGUGUAGGUGAAACCAGAAUCUUUUUUUUUUUUUUUAAUCUGUAAAUAGGUGUACUUUUUCCAAAUGCUGCUCCAAGUUACUUAAUAGGAUUUCUUUGUAUUACAUUUUUCUUUUCAAAAUAGUGCAUAAGACUAUAAACAUGCCAUUCUCUUUCAGCUGUAAUGUUCUUAAAAUUACUCUUGAAUGUACUGUGAUGUCAAUAAAGCUCUUUAGUUCAUUUUUGUUAACCUCUUGCACCUUAAUUUUACGAUUUUAAACUAAGGAACGUACUUUUAUAAAAAGGCAGCUGGAAUUUUGUAUAAUAGGUUUUAAAAGUACUUCCGCUCAUCUCCCCCCAAAGAAAAUGGUUUUAACUUAAUAGUUUGUCAAAGUUUGUAAUUGUACCCAUGGAUUUUUGUCAAACUCCAACGUUAAGGAUAUGGAUGAGGGCCAGAAAUAGACCUUUUCAUUUGGAAGCAGAUGACAACUUUCUAAACUUUUUGGGGAUUUUUAAAUUAUAUAUUUUCUGUGUGUAUAAAGUAUGGUUCACUCCUGUAAAAUGAAAUUGCUGAAAUCAAUCAAGCCAGUGCACCAUUAGGAAUUAUUUAUGAGGAACGAUUGUGUUUGACAUAACAGUCAAGUCUGGAACUACAUUCUGCAGUAAUCCGCUUCUGUUUUAAAAGCAUAUUUUAAACAUUUUGGGAUUAUUAUAGAAAUAAGACUCACAGUUCAAUAUAUUUAUAUUUUUAAAGUAUAAUAUGACCUCAACUCAGUGGAGGAACGCUGUAUUAUGCAGGUUUGUGUCAGUUUCAUAACAUUAAAGUGGUCUGGUUUUGUCAGUUUUUAAAAUUAUGAUUGGUGAGUGAUCUAACAAUUUAAGGUGUCGAUACUACUUAUGAGUAAAAGAGGGCUCUGUAGGCAUUUAAAAACUCAUCUGCUUUCAGGGUCUAUUUGCAUAUUAAAGUUCACGUAUGUGGCAGUAGAUAAUCUCUGAAAACAACUGCUUUUAAAUUUCAAUUUAAAAAGACAAGAUGCAGGUCAAAGAAAAUGAAAAGUAUGCCUUCUUACCAGCAAUAGUUCAUUUUAAAAUAAGCCAGAUCUUUACCAAGAUCAGUGUUUCCUCAAAAAUGUUAGAUAGAAAUAGAUUUGUAUAGUGUGCUCUUGUAACUCUCCAUAAGUUCUUAAAUAAUUUGAGUAGUUAUGCAUUUAUCUAGAGGAAAUAAAUCAACUGUGAAUAAAUGCAUGUUUACCAAAACAGUUGUUUUACAGUGCAUUUAGUUUUGGUAUUUAUAAAAUUGACAUUUUACAACUUUUAAAUAGUUUGGAAUUCUAUAUGGCUUAAGCAUCAUUCACAUCUGGAGACAAAAUAAAGGAAAAUGUGCAAUAUUUUUUAUGUAGGUAAGCUAAAUAGUUUAUCUAGUUUCAGAAUUACCUGAAUAAUUUGUAAUAGAUAAGUUGUAUAACAUUUUCAUAUCUUAAAAUGUUUUUUAGAUUAAUCUUCUAGUGAAAUAAUAUUUUCAAAAUAAAACUCUACAGAAAA